GGGGAGGCGGGGUGGCCGUCGGGCAGAGUCCGGCUGCGGGGGGCGAACGACGCCCCUCGGCAGCCCAGGAGGAGGAGGAAGAGCAAGGGGCCCUCUGAGCACGUGCAGAGUGCCCAGCAGCUGAGGGUUGCGCGAGGCGGAGGGCGCGACUGGAGAGCCCCAGGCGGCGUGCCGGUCUCCCCAUAACUGCGCUCAGAUGCUCCUCCUCUGCGCUGCAUAGGAGCCAGUGACUUCUAGGGACCAAGGUCCCUUCGCCCCCCAAAUAAAAUAUUUGAAAGGGGUGCCCCCCUAAGUUGAUGGGCAGCAUUCAGAUGAUUAUGUGGGACGGAGCUUACCUGCCCCCACCUAAUAUGUUACUCAGGCUGGCACCCCAGCUGGCUGGAGGGGAGAGUGCCCCCGGGCAUGUGCAGAGGGCCCUUUAGCGUGGGAACGCUUUUCCUGCUCCAGGAGGAACUCCCGCGGUUGAAGCUGCUCCGGAGGGGAGGAGGGUGUCCCAGGAGAGCCUCUGGUGGCCCCUUGGCUGGCAAGAAGGGAGGUGGUCCCAGCAGAGAGAAGGGGGCUUGGGGGCUGCCUUUCCUCCCUGCUGCCCUUUUGCCCCUUCCCUGGGGUGGCGCAGGGUUCCCGCUGCGGGCAAUGCCCUUCUCACCUCCUGUGCUCCCAAGGAGGCUCCUUCCUUCUGCAGACACGGAAAGUGAUCCACGAAACAGGAUCCUGCCCGCCUCCUUUUUAAGAAGAGGCCCUUAUGGGUUUGCUGCUCCUGAAGCUGCCGGCACAGCCUGCCUUGGCAACCUGCCUUCCCCCAAAGGGCCUGAAUUAAAUUUUAAUUUCCAGACGGGCCUUCCUUCCACAGGAGGAGGAGGAGGAGGAGGAGGAGGAGGAGGAGGAGGAGGAAGCUGGCCUGAAGAUGCAGAGGCUGCUGGAGCCUCCCCGGGGAUCGGCUUUCACGGCUGAAGCCACCGGCUUCUUGGCUUUGCGCUGACGACAUCCAUGCCACAGGGUGCUCUCUCCCAAGACACCGGCCAUUUACAAAAAGAAAAAGAAGCCAAAAUGGAUUUUGCAUGACCACAAAAUGAUGGAAAGGCUCUGCUAUAAUCAGUUUUCAGCUCCUGAGAAAUGCCAUCCUGUUUUCCUAUGAACUCUAAAGUUUCUGCAGCUGCUCAGAGUGUUUUCUGUUGUAGUAUGCGUUCGUUUUUACAGGUUUAAGACGUCACUGGUCAGCUGAAGGAUUCAGAUACCCCAAAGGAUAAAUUAAUUGCUGCGUGUCACUUCGACUCUGGACGGUAUUUCCGUUUCAUAUUUGCAAUGGAGAAAUAUGAAAAAAUCAGCAAGAUUGGCGAAGGCUCCUAUGGGGUGGUAUUCAAGUGCCGGAACAGGGACACAGGUCAGAUUGUGGCCAUCAAGAAGUUUCUGGAAUCGGAAGACGAUCCUGUCAUCAAAAAAAUUGCCCUUCGGGAGAUCCGCAUGUUGAAGCAACUGAAACACCCCAACUUGGUCAACCUCUUGGAGGUUUUUCGGAGGAAGAGGAAGCUCCACCUGGUCUUUGAAUACUGCGACCACACGGUCCUCCAUGAGCUGGACAAGAACCCACGGGGAGUCCCGGAGCACCUCGUGAAAAGCAUCACUUGGCAGACCCUCCAGGCAGUGAACUUUUGCCACAAGCACAACUGCAUCCACAGAGACGUGAAGCCAGAGAACAUCCUCAUAACUAAGCAUUUUGUCAUCAAACUCUGCGACUUUGGCUUUGCUCGCAUCCUCACUGGGCCCAGCGAUUACUACACAGACUAUGUGGCCACUCGGUGGUACCGGUCUCCUGAGCUGCUUGUGGGGGACACCCAGUAUGGCCCCCCUGUGGACGUCUGGGCCAUCGGCUGCGUAUUUGCAGAACUGCUGUCUGGGAUCCCUCUGUGGCCGGGGAAAUCGGAUGUGGACCAGCUUUACCUGAUCAGAAGGACGUUGGGGGACCUCAUUCCCAGGCACCAGCAAGUCUUCAGCACCAACCAGUUCUUCAGCGGCGUGCGAGUUCCAGACCCAGAAAGCAUGGAGCCUCUAGAAAUGAAAUUCCCAGGCAUUUCCUACUCGGCCCUCGGACUCAUGAAGGGCUGCCUCCACAUGGACCCUGCGGAGCGGCUGACUUGCGAGCAGCUCCUGCAACACCCCUACUUCGACAGCAUCCGAGAGGUUGAGCUGGGGAGGGAGCGAGAGAGAUCCCUCACGCGGAAGCCAAACCGGCCCACGCGGAAGCACAUCCCCGGGUUACAGUACCUGCCCCAGUUAACAAGCAGCAAUAUUCUACCUGCUUUGGAUAACAAGAAGUACUAUUGCAACACAAGAAAGCUGAACUACCGUUUCCCAAACAUCUAAAAAUAAAAAUAAAAAUAAAAAGGGGGUGUCAUAGCUAAGCCGGAUUUACCACGGACAGCCUCAGCGCAUUCCCAGCCUUGAAGUGAACUUGAACGGAGAAAGGGGAUAUACUCUGUUGGUGCACAAUGGAGCGAGCCGUGAAAUUACCGUGUUAAGAAUGGCAAAGCUUUAGAAAGAAAAUCUCUGCACCGAGCGAGACAAGAGAGUUGGCUGAAGGUCUCGAACUUAUUGUGACUCGGCAGAAAAUGCUUCUAUUUGGGACUUUGGGGGAGGGUGGGGGGGCCGGAUAAUUGGGAUUGCAUCAGUUUUGGGGUUAUCAAAUGAUUGCGUCCGUUUGGGGUUAUCAAGAGCUCUUCAUGUGUACUGUGUGGGGAUCAGAAAAGUCUGCUGCCUGUUUGGGAGCAGAUGAAGUGGAAGUGGGGGUUUGGAUCCAGCUAUGCCAAAUACAUUUCAUUCACAAAAUCCUGUGGUGUCAAAGAAGGAGGGAGAACUUCCGUUCUCUUGUGGACUUGUAGUUAAUAGCACAGGCUGGUUGAUCCUGCAAGACGCAGUCAAAGACGCGAAGAGCUCCGAUUCUGUGAAAUCUUGCAUCAAACACAGAUCUCCCAGCAGGGUGGUUAGAAAUCAAUGUCUUUCCUCUGUUUUUAAACUUGUAAACUUUUGUUUGUCUCUUUGAAUGAUGCUUCCUAAAAAAAACCACCUGGGUUAAAAUGCAACCUCCAUGGAAUAAGCAAGCAUGUUUGCUUAAAUAUAGGAUUCGGUUGCAAUAUCACACAUUAAUAGGACUGGGGGGGGGGACCCUGGCUUUUGAGUUCUAGAGUUAGAAACUAUACAAUUAAGUCAUGCGUGCAUUUAUUAUUGUGAGCUUCCUGCUCUAGAGCCCGCAUGCUGACCCGGCACUCCCAAUGUUAUGCCCUUCAACUAACUUUGCCCUGCAAAUCCUUCAGUUCUUGGAGUAUCUGGUACUCUGCAAACCCAAGCAGGAUGUGGCCCUUCUAUUUUCCAUCUCCUGGAGAAUAAUGAUACCUUUAUUGUCAACGUACAACCUGUGUACAAUGAAAUGAGCCUCCCGCCCCCCUCAAGUCUUGUUGUGCUCUGUGUGAUUAUCGCACGCCACACCACAUCACAAGUCGAUUUCGCUAUGUUAUUUUCCGUUCAACAGCCUAACAGCCCAUGGAUAGAAGCUAUUUUUUAGCCUGUUGGUAUGGCUGAUUAUACUUCUAUAUCUCCUGCCCAAGGGUAGAAGAUUAAAUCAUAGAAUCAUAGAGUUGGAAGAGACCACAAGGGCCAUCCAGUCCAACCCCCUGCCAAGCAGGAAACACCAUCAAAGCAUUCCUGACAGAUGGCUGUCAAACCUCCGCUUAAAGACCUCCAAAGAAGGAGACUCCACCACACUUCUUGGCAGCAAAUUCCACUGUCAAAUAGCUCUUACUGUCAGGAAGUUCUUCCUAAUGUUUAGGUGGAAUCUUCUUUCUUGAGGUUUGAAUCCAUUGCUCCGUGUCCACUUCUCUGGAGCAGCAGAAAACAACCUUUCACCCUCUUCUAUAUGAAUUCCUUUAAUAUAUUUGAACAUGGCUAUCAUAUCACCCCUUAACCUUCUCUUCUCCAGGCUAAACAUACCCAGCUCCCUAAGCCGUUCCUCAUAAGGCAUCGUUUCCAGGCCUUUGACCAUUUUGGUUGCCCUCCUCUGGACACGUUCCAGCUUGUGAGUAUCCUUCUUGAACUGUGGUGCCCAGAACUGGACACAGUACUCCAGGUGACCAGAGCAGAAUACAGUGGUACUAUUACUUCCCUUGAUCUAGAUGCUAUACUCCUAUUGAUGCAGCCCAGAAUUGCAUUGGCUUUUUUAGCUGCUGCAUCACACUGUUGACUCAUGUCAAGUUUGUGGUCUACCAGGAUUCCUAAAGAGGUGCUGGCCAUUUUUUCUCGCUCACCUAAGGCAACAAUCCCUUGCGAUGUCAUCUAGGGGACUCAAGGGACAGCCCACGAUAUCAUGUGCUGUAUUCACCACUCUGUAGAGACUUUCUGUCUGUGGCUGUCAAGCCAGCAUAUACCACACUGUGAUACAAUAUGAAAGGGCACUUUCUAUUGUGGGCUGGUAGGAGGUCAUCAGUUGUUGUUGGAACAUUAUUCUU